AUGGAGGAGAAUGCUAGGCCUACAACCCAGUCGGCAAAUGCUGCUCCGGAUGAUACGACUGCAUCCAAAUUUGGUGAACUCAUCUGCGCUGGCUGCCCUUGUGUACGUCGAAGACGUCAACACUCGCCCCCCUAUGUUGUCUCCGUUGCUGGAGAGGAGCAUGCCGCAGAAAGGUCCGAGGUGCGCCUCGGUGAGACCACAGCCCUCCCCAGUGUGCCCUCAGCAACAUCCGAUGGCACCCAGGUGACCCCGGUGGAACCGGCGGUUCCUCUGCCUGAACGCCCUGACAAAGCUUUGGCACCAACCCCUGAUAACCAUGUGGACGCCAUCAUCAUCGACCCACCGCCUCCACCUCCCAUUGCUAAUGAUGCAAAUCAACUGCCGACAGCGUUGAAGGGCAAAUCCAUAAGUGAAUACAGAGUGUCUUUUCAGUCUGGUGCAGCACCCAUGUUUAUGUGGAAAUUUGGUGACGAGGAAGACAGCUUUGACCACCAGCAAUCUGAACCCGAUUAG